UUGCAAUCUGGGAUGGGUUUUGUUUGAACAAUGAUUGGUAAAAGUGGCCGGUGUAACAAGUGUGCGUCAUACAGGAUAAUUCGCAUAAUAUGUUUGAUCCGAACAGUGAGACAUUAAUAAAAAAAUUAGGGGAAGAAGAAAAAGGAUGAAAAUGAAAUAGUCUAAUUAUAUUUCUUUCUAUUUUUCUUCUUCGUUUCUUGCAAUUUCCAUCGCUCUUCAAAUUCUCCAUAAAAACCGAUCUCUAGUUUCUUCUCUCUCUCUAACCUUUUCCCCUUUUUUUUCUCUGUGUCACAGUUGAAUUUCUCCUUAAAUUCUGUGUCAUAAUUUUCUGUGCUCGAGAGCGCGCGGAGGAGAUCAGGAUCUCCGCCGUGCCUCGCCGGAACGUGACGUCAUCUCCGGUCGGAAGCGCGGCAGUUGAGAGACAAAGCAAGCAGGAAAACGCCGAUUGGGUCUGACACAGACAGAGGGAGAAUUCACAUGGAAAACAGCAAGGAAAAAAUGAAGAGAGAGAAAGGCAUCGAAGAAGCUUUGGAGGAGGUUAUUUGCACGGCACAGAUACCUAGAUCUCUUCUUCAAUCUCCCUUACCCUUGCCUUUUGCCGCAAUUUAUUCCGUUUUCUUGUCAUUCUUAAAUUCUGAGAUGAUUCUCCCUUUGUUUUCUCUCCCUCAAUCGCUCUAGCCUGCUAAAAAAAUCCUUCUCUUGUCCCUUCUGCUCGUUUCCGUGUUUAUCUUUUUCUGUUGUUUCAGUAUUAUCUUGUUUUGGUUCUGAGUUCUGAGAUAUGAUGCUGUAAUCUUACAGGUUCUGUCUGAAGCUGUAUCUUCUUAACUUCCACAUAGAAUUGACGUUUUUGUGAUUGGUGGGAGGGGUGAUUUUUCCGAAAGGGUCAACCAAGCUAUCUGAAAUGAUGAACUCUCGGGGUUUUUCUCCUUCAUCCUUCUUCUCAGAGGAGGUCUGCUUGUCCGAUGAGAAACAGGUUGGUGUAAAGAAGAUGGACCAAAUGAGUGGCUAUGGCGCUUUUAAACUAGAUGGGACGCCAAGAACUGAAGGUGUUGCUUCAUCACCUCAUGAAAAUAGAAUCCCAUUGGAAUCACAUGCGGGAAAUGGUUUUGCUCUUCCUGACUAUUAUCUCAGUCGUGGUCGAAAUGCUAACCUUUCGUUGGGAAAGCAUCUUAUUGGAGCAGAUAGAGCAGUCAGCCGCUCCUUGCCGAGCGCUGUUGAUCAUGAUCUGGGUUCUAGAACUAAUUCGAACAUACAGCCUGUGCCAUAUUGUUUUGAUGGAGAUAAAAUAAACCUUAUGGGUGCUCAGUACGAAAAUGGCCUUUUUUCAAGUUCAAUGUCAGAUUUAUUUAGUAGAAACUUAAAAUUGUCAUCUAACAACGGUCCAUAUGGUCACUCCUUCGCUGCUGCUGCUGCGGCCUCCCAUUAUGAGGAGGAUGAAGUUUUUGAAUCGCUGGAAGAACUUGAGGCUCAAACUAUUGGUAAUCUUCUACCGGAUGAUGAUGACUUGCUUUCUGGUGUGACUGACGGGUUUGGCAGUGUUAUAAGAUCUAAUAAUGUGGAAGAUGUGGAAGAUCUAGACCUGUUUAGCAGUGUCGGUGGACUGGAACUUGGAGAAGAUAGUUUCUUGCAAAGAAAUCCCGAUCUUUCUGAUUUAAAUUCUAACAAUCAGCUGGGGAUAUCUCUGGGAUCCAAUGGUGGGGAACACCCUUUUGGUGAGCACCCUUCUAGGACGCUCUUUGUCAGAAAUAUAAAUAGCAAUGUUGAAGACUCUGAAUUGAGAACACUUUUUGAGCAAUAUGGAGACAUCCGCACCCUGUAUACAGCAUGCAAGCAUAGGGGGUUUGUUAUGAUCUCAUAUUAUGAUAUAAGAGCAGCCUGCAAUGCAAUGAAAGCUCUCCAGAAUAAGCCAUUGAGGCGUCGUAAACUUGAUAUACAUUUCUCAAUUCCUAAGGAGAAUCCAUCAGAAAAGGAUGUAAACCAGGGCACCCUUGUGAUUUUCAACCUUGAUUCUUCUGUUUCAAAUGAUGAAAUCCGUGAAAUAUUUGGUGUUUAUGGUGAAAUAAAGGAGAUUCGUGAUGCUCCAGGCAUGUCUUCUCAUAAAUUUGUAGAGUUUUAUGAUGUCAGAGCUGCAGAAUCUGCACUUCGUGCGUUGAACCGGAGUGACAUUGCUGGAAAGCAGAUUAAGCUUGAAAGAGGUCGACUUGGUGGCUCGCAAAGAUUCAUGCAGCCUUUCUCUUCAGAACUGGAGCAGGAAGAAUCUGGUUUCCUGUUGCAGCAUAGCCCUUCAAAUAACCUAUCAACUGGAUUUUCUGCAGGAUCACUUUCGCUUGGGGGUACAUUGUCUGGUACAGAUAAUGGAAUUCAUGGCCCUCUUUCGACAAAUGGUGGUCAUAUUGGUCCUCUCCUGGAUAAUGUGCUGCAACAUGGCGUAUCAUCUAGUGUACCUAACAGCUUACCAUCUCUAGUAAGAGUUGAAUCUGGAAAUCAAUCCAGCAUUGCUGAAUCUGGCCACCUACGGAACCACCCGAAAUUUGAGCUCCAGAGCCAACCAAAUCUUCAUCCGCAUUCUCUUCCUGAAUAUCAUGAUGGUUUAGCAAAUGGGCCUCUCUUUGGUUCUCCAAGUAAUAUAGCUGCGAAUGUUAAUUCCCGACCUCCAGAAUUAAUUGAUGGCCAGUUCCGUAGAAUUAGCCCUAAUGGACAGUCAAUCGAGUUAAAUGAAGUUUUUGGUUCCUCUGGAAACGGGAGCUGCCCUCCUCCUGGGCGUCACUAUAUGUGGAGUAAUUCCCAUCAUCCACAACAACCUCAGGCUGUUUUAUGGCCUAACUCACCAUCAUUCGUCAAUGGUAUUGGUGCUUCUCAUCCUUCGCAGAUGCAUGCCGUACCAAGAGCACCAUCUCAUAUGAUGAAUCCACUUCUACCUCUAAAUAGCCAUCAUGUGGGAUCAGCACCUUCUGUCAAUCCUUCUCUCUGGGACAGGAGGAAUGCCUAUGCUGGGGAGUCGCCUGAUGCUGCUUCUGUAUUUCACCCUGGUUCACUUGGGAACAUGAGAAUUUCUGGUAAUUCCCCACAUCCAUUGGAAUUUGUCCCCCAUAACAUCUUUCCCCGCCCUGCUGGAAAUUGUAUGGACGUGCAAAUGCCUUCCAAAAAUAUUGGAUUGCAUCCCCAUCAUCAGAGGUGCAUGAUUUUCCCUGCAAGAGGCCAAAUGCUUCCUAUGAUGAGUUCAUUUGAUUCUCCUAAUGAACGAACUAGAACCCGUAGAAAUGAUUGCAAUUCAAGUCAACCUGACAACAAAAAACAGUUCGAGCUUGAUCUAGAGAGAAUUGCACGUGGAGAAGAUAAGCGGACUACACUAAUGAUAAAGAACAUCCCUAACAAGUACACGUCAAAGAUGCUUCUGGCUGCAAUUGAUGAACGUCACAGAGGAACUUAUGAUUUCAUUUACUUACCUAUCGAUUUUAAGAACAAAUGCAAUGUAGGAUAUGCAUUUAUAAACAUGACUGAUCCGGCACUUAUAGUUCAUUUUUAUCAGACUUUCAAUGGAAAGAAAUGGGAGAAGUUUAAUAGUGAAAAAGUGGCAUCUUUGGCAUAUGCUCGGAUCCAGGGGAAGGCCGCCCUCAUUGCACACUUCCAGAAUUCAAGCUUGAUGAAUGAAGACAAAAGAUGCCGUCCUAUACUUUUUCAUACAGAUGGUCCGAAUGCAGGAGAUCAGGUUCCUUUCCCCAUGGGUCCCAACAUUCGACCGAGGCCUGGCAAGACUCGAACCAGCGCCUCCGAGGACAACAAUCAAGAAAUCCCUUCAAAUCCCUUCAACGGAGAGGAUUAUUCUAACGGAGACUCUUCUUCUGGUUCGGGCAAAGAGUCAGACUGAGUUUUGUGAGACAACUAACCUCGUAGAAACUGAACAACACGGGCUAGUGAUUGUACCUGAAAUUUUGUUAUUGUACAUUAAAGUGUGGUAUGGUUGAGAAGAAGAGCAGAGGGGUAGUAACUGGGGACUGAGAGAAAGCAUUGUUGUGGUGUAGAAAUUGACAAUUUGCCUGACCAAAAAGCAUUGGAGUAUUCAUUAUGGUGCGGUUACUAAAGCAAAGGAGCAACAUCGUGGAGCUUCGAAAUUUUGGACGUCGACGUUUUGAGAAGUUUGGUUGUGUUGUAUGUGUGUAUAGAGAGAGAGCAAGCAAAAUAUGCUGUAUGGAGGCCAUUCCCUUUUUUCCCUCUUGGCACUUUUUGUUUGGCCCCGCUUUCAUCUUCUCUUGUUUUUUGGGCAAUUUGCUAAGAGAAGUCAGUAACAAACUGCUACAAAAAAAUUUUGUUGUCAUUCAUCUGGAUUGCAUCAUUUCCUUUUUUACUAUGU